AUGUUGUCAAUACUCACCCUCGGCUUGCUUGCGAGAGCAUGUCAGGCGACCGAUUUUUGGCCAUGGCAUGCUUUGAACAUCUCCUGGGAUAAUAAUCCAUUCCAGACUUUUGCGAUGCUUCCCUCUUUGACAAAGACUUCGCUGCUCAUUGCAGCAGAUGCUUUUGACUCAGGAAGCUGGCCGAUGUGGACAUCUUCAGCAGCACACGCGGAUUUUCUUUACAUGGACGGCACCUUGUUUGCCGGCAGUUCCUGGGACGAUACAGUUUCAUGGCCUCUAAAUUUGACGAACGACGUGCAAUGGAUCCAUGAGCGAGCUAUUGUGUGGGAUGUCAACAACAAUUCAAACUCGCUCAACAACCAAGCGACUACCUUGACACACAACCUUACUGUGAACUCUCCUGGCGGUCAGCUGUAUACUAUGAAUGUUGGCUACUUCUCUUUGUAUGGCGCUGGGACAAAUUUCACAUGGCUCAAUUCUACUGGUUUCAACAACACUCAAGAUCUUCAACUGGCUACUGCGAAACAGAACUCGAUUAUCUCGUCGCUUUCGUACGGACUGCAAAUUGGUUCUCCCAGUCUUGAUAUCGAGCCAAGUCUAGUCAUGGGCGGCUAUGACAGGUCUCGCUGCUUGACUGAGCCGAUCACUACCAAGGACACCACCUUUCAGCUGACUGACAUUUCUGUUGGUGCUAACGGUUCCGGCUGGCCCUUUACUACGCCAUACACAGCCAACAGUAAUGCUUCUGCGAACUCGCAAAGUGGAUUGCUGGGUGGAUCACUAGAAGUUCUGGCUAAUCCAGGUGUCCCAUAUUUACAUCUGCCACGAGCCACCUGCGAUGCGAUUGCAAAGUAUCUUCCCGUGACUUAUGACCAAAGUUUGGGACUCUAUCUCUGGAACACCCAGUCAGAUGCUCGCCAUUUCGAUGAGAUUACUCAAACAUUUGCAUAUUUGACCUUUACGUUCAGUGACGACUCAGAGAUCAAUGUGCCAUUUUCUCUUCUCAAUCUAGAGCUUGAUACGCCUCUCACUGCCUCCAAGACGCGAUACUUCCCUUGCAGACCCUUCACUCCUCACAAAAGUCAACCUUAUCAUCUUGGUCGCGCCUUUCUACAGGCAGCACUUCUGGUGCAAAACUGGGAGACAAACACAACUUGGUUGUCACAAGCACCAGGUCCAGACAUGACGAUUCCGUCAACACCCGUCAUUAUCGAAGAAACCGAUACCACGAUCGCUCAGAUGCCAUACGCUCCUGCCUGGCUUAGCACCUGGAACGGCACACUUAGAGAGUCCAACUGGACAAACGGGCAAGGAUCAAACUCCACGGGCCCUUACACAAAAUCAUGGUCAUCAGACUCUUCGCUUUCUGGCGGGACCAUUGCAGGAAUAGUCAUAGGUGCAGUGGCAGGUGUUGCCAUCAUCGUCGCUGCCAUGUUCUUCAUUAUCCGCCGUCGUCGUGCAAAGGCUGGAUAUGGUGAUGUUGCACUCAUCUCAUUUGACUCAGACAAGAGUGCUCAUCAUGAGGUACCAAAACACGAGCACAAAGAAGACGCUUUGUCUUCGCCCACAUAUGAAGCGGAUAGUGCGCAUGUCAAUGAAUUGGCAUCGAACGAGGCGGACAAGAUUGGCGAGUUGCCUUUGAGCAUGGCGAAAGUGGAGCGGGCUGAAGUUGAUGGUACUGGUAUUGCUGAGCUGCCUGGCCAUGAUGCACAAAGCAGAUAG